AAUGCAGAUGACUCGUACCUGAGAUUCAACCAUGUCAAUGAUACCAAAAGGUGGGGAAACAAUCUGGGUUGGUCUUGAUUGGUCACCUGAAAGAGGCUUUAACUGUGCUGGAAAAAGGUUGAAGAACAAUUAUACCCACAAUCAAAAUGCAAAUGAGAGUUUUGCUAACACACAGAAUGUGAAUUAUGGGAGGAUUAUCUCAUUUGGUAAAGACGUUGCUGAAUUACAUUCCUCCAAGUUUGAGAGCGUCAAUUUCAGGCUUGGACUUGGAUGUAGUCAUGUAAUUGUUUAUUAUCAGCAGAAUGCUGUGAAAGGAAAUGAGGUUGCAAACAGCAGCCGCUGUGAAGUGUGGACAGAAUACCAUGAAAUGGGUUUUGAGGGUAUAAGAGCUGUUGCUGAUAACAAAGUUUACACUGCUGAAUCAAUUCUAGAUCUGCUUCAUUUUGUCGCCCCCAACUUGAUGGCAGGGGGAGGUGCCCAAUUUUCACAUGGAAUAGUUGAUAAUUUGGAUGACCCAAAAAAGAGAGCAUAUGUCUACAAAUUAACUCCUGCUGCUGAGUGCUAUAUUCUCUUUCAGAUAGACACCUCAGCAGAAGGAGGAAACGAGCAUUCUUGUCUAAAAGGUGGAGUCUUCUCAACUGAUGGAGAUGAAACAGGAGUAUUCUCAUGCACCCCAGCCAAUCUACUGGAGGGACGGGGAACGCAAAGUGGUGCUCAUGUUGACAUAAUGGGGAACUUUGCACUGAUUGAGGACAUCAUACGAGUAGCAGCAGGGGCUACAGGAGAGGACUUGGGUGGAGAUCAAGUGUAUUCCAACAUUUUUGAAUGGUCUGAAAAAAUAAACUUACAGCUCCAAUUCAACUGACACCAGUAAUAUUUGGUUUGUAUUGAAAUGCAAGAAACUGGAACGAGUAUCCAAAGCAAGUGCAAGAAUGUCUAUGUUGUAAAUAGCUUCCUCAUUGUUUGGUGAAGCAACAAAUUAGGUUUGUGGAA